AUGGUUUCACUCUCUUUUCUCGCGGGAACACUCUCCCUUGUCAUUGCUUGUUUCGUCAAUGUCGUGGCUGCCGAUUUUGGUUAUGUCACUGUCGAACGGCUCCAGAGAGCCCCAGAUGGCUGGAUUAGAGGUCCUGUGGCGCCGCCUUUCAAGAUGAUAAAGUUUCAUAUAGCUCUCCGUCAGGAAAAAGCUGCCGAGUUGGAACAAGUCACUCUGGAUAUGUCGACUCCUGGCCAUCAUAAUUAUGGCCGCCAUUUGAAACGUGACGAUGUUAGGGCUUUUGUACGCCCUUCUGGUGAAACCAUGAACCGAGUUCUGGCCUGGCUCGAAUCAGCUGAAAUACCGGCAGAAUCUGUCAGGACCCAUGGAAACUGGAUGGAGGUUAUACUACCUGUGUCUCGAGCGGAGUCGUUGAUGAAGACAAAAUUCCAUAUCUAUACUCAUCGAGAUACUCACAGACGCGCCAUCAGAACCCUUAGUUACUCGGUUCCACGAGCACUCUUUCCGGAUAUCCAGUUAAUUCAACCUACGACUCAUUUCGGGCAGGCCGUGGCGCAGGGGAAGCGCCCAAAUUUCCAGCCGGUUGCUGCAACAUUCGACCGACUGACCGCCGACUGUUCAACAACCAUCACGCCUGACUGUCUCCGGGAGCUGUAUGGGCUCUAUGACACGAACGCAAAGCCAGAUGUUCGCAACCGCCUUGGAAUUUCCGGUUACUUGGAGGAGUAUGCACGCUACAGUGACUUCCACCAGUUCAUGCAUCAGUUUUCGCCAAACAGGACAGAAGCCAACUUCUCUGUUGUCUCCAUCAACGGAGGCCUCAAUCUGCAGAACUCAUCGCUCCCUAGCUCCGAGGCUAGUUUGGACGUCCAAUACGCAAUCUCGCUGGCGUACAACACAUUUGCGACAUAUUAUACUACUGCAGGUCGCGCACCGUUUCUGCCUGGGGCUACCGGGACAGACGAGGAUAUAUCCAUCAAUGAGCCGUAUCUUGAACAGCUCCAUUAUCUUCUUGACCUUCCAGACGAGGAAUUGCCCGCAGUUCUUACGACCUCGUACGGCGAAGACGAGCAGAGUGUUCCCGAAUCGUACGCUGAGGCGACUUGCAAUCUGUUCGCUCAACUGGGGGCGCGCGGCGUCUCAGUAAUUUUUAGCAGCGGAGAUGGUGGUGUUGGAGGGUCAUGCCUAGCCAACGACGGCACGAAUCGGACUAGAUUUCAGCCCAUAUUCCCAGCAUCGUGUCCUUUCGUCACAUCAGUAGGCGGGACCGAAGGUAUGAAUCCGGAGAGAGCCGUUGAGUUUUCCGGAGGCGGAUUCUCGGAUCGAUUUGCGCGCCCAUCAUAUCAGGAUUCCAGUGUUCUUGGUUUUUUGAAGACACUUGGUGGCAAGUGGGAUGGAUUAUACAAUCCCCAGGGAAGAGGAAUCCCCGACGUCGCCGCGCAGGCCAACAACUAUAUUAUCAUCGACCAUGGCAAAACAUAUCACAUUGGAGGCACCAGCGCCUCUGCGCCUGUCUUUGCAGCUAUUGUAUCACGGUUGAACGCGGCCAGAUUAGAGGACGGCAAGCCCAGAUUGGGUUUUCUCAACCCGUGGCUUUAUUCUUUGAAUCAAACCGGAUUUACCGAUAUCGUGGAUGGCAGAUCUCCUCGACCUGCCUGUGUUUCAAUGAAGACCAGGCCCGGAAGUUCGGCGUGGGCGAAGGCAAUUAGUGCGGACCCAAAAACCAAGCGGGGCUUGACUCACAGAGCGCCUAUGAUGUACGGGUGUCACCCUCCUUGGCCCCUUUGCUCCCGACCACGGAUCGUCCGAUCUACCUACCCAUGCCAUACAGCCUACAUUCUUCACACCCGCGUGCCGCAGUUCGGGUGGGAAAAAACCAUUCAGUCUUCGUUGAACGGCCGGCCACCAAAGGUACCUCGCCCAGGUCCGACCAGCAAAUGGGCUACGGCCGAGUCUCCGCCAGAAUGCCAGAAGUUCCCGGCUGCUGAAUUUGCGGAAGAUGGGAUACAGGUGACUUUGAAGACGGGGGGAGCCGAGUCUCGCGACCUGCUCCACUCGCAUGUUGAAGGUGUCACAUCAUGUAUACCAAACCUUCUAGUUGUAUCUGACAUGGGGCAGCAGCUUGGGCCUUUUUACACCCAUGACGUGCUAGCAGACGUGAUUCAUGUUUUAUCUGAGGAAGAUAGACUGGUGUAUCAGCGGCAGCGGGAAGACCAUUUCUACUGGAACAAGAAGCUGCAACCAACCAAGGCAGGAUGGAGACUGGACCGAUACAAGUUUCUAGCCAUGAUCGAAUACGCUUACGCCCGAAAUCCAAGUGCGAAAUGGUACGUAUUUAUGGAAGCCGACACUACCGUGAUAUGGCAGAACUUGGUACAGCUUCUGAGCCGCUACAAAUGGAUUGAUCCUAUAUACAUUGGAUCUCCGACCCCAGGGAGGCCCAUAGGAACAUGGUGGGACCCGGAGCCAACCUUCUUUGUCUACGGCGGAUCAGGAAUUGUGCUUUCUGUUACUGCUAUAGAACACCUGCUACGGGAGGAUCUAGAGGGGAGUGCCAAAGCCGAGUCGGGCCAAACAUCGCAGCUUUUGAUCACCAAGUACCAGGACAUGGUCCGAGAAGACUGCUGCGGGGACUCGGUCCUCGGCUGGGUUGCAGCACAGAGAGACGUGAAAAUUAAAGGGCUAUGGCCAAUGUUCAACCCUCAUCCUCUGCAUGGCACACCUCUAGGCAAAUCUUAUUGGUGCCAGCCCGUCAUCACCUUCCACAAGAGCGACCCCGUCCAAGUGGUGGAACUAUGGAAAUGGCAGACUGAGAGACAGAAGAAGGGAAAUGACCCGCGCCCCAUCUUGUAUUCUGACAUCGUCGACUUCUUCGACUUUGAAGCCACUCCUGUCCGUGAAAACUGGAAUAACGCCGACAUGGAUUCUUUUGAUGCAUCCACACACGAAGCCCACGAUUCCUUCGACUCCUGCAAAGAGGCAUGCCACAAACACGACCACUGCUUCCAAUUCACAUACCACCGCAAGAAGUGUCGCAUGGCACGGGUUAUCAGGCUAGGUAACUCUGUGUCGAUGGAUGGAGAUGGAGACGCCAAAGCCGGACGUUCACUGGCGGGUUGGGAUGUUAAGAAGAUUAAGGAGUUUAAAAAGGCUCAUAACUGUGAAAAGGUCGAUUGGCCGGAACCAAGUACGGAGCGGAUAUUCUAG